AUGUCCAACCCCUGGAACCCGGCGCGCUACCUCGCCUUUAACUCUGCCCGUCUCCGCCCCGCUCUCGACCUCCUUGCCUUUGCCUCGUCGUUCGUGCCCUCGGCGGCGUCGGCAGCUUCGGCGGCGUCAGCAGCCUCGGCAGCCUCGGCAGCCUCGAUACCGCUGGUGGUUGAUCUCGGAUGCGGCGCCGGCAACCUCUUCCCUUACCUUGCUGACGCCUUUCCCUCCUCUUCCAUCCUGGGCGUCGACUCUUCGCCCGAGAUGUUGGCCGCCGCCGAUGCGUCAGCUGCAGACCUCGACCACUCGGCUGGCAUCACCACCGUCCUCGGCACCAUCGAGGACUUUGUCCCGCCGACACCCGCCGCCCUGGUCUUCUCUAACGCUGCUCUCCACUGGCUCUCGCCAGAGAGCCAUGCCUCGGCCCUGGCGCGCCUUGCCUCGCCGGACGUUCUUGCGCCAUCGGGCGUCCUCGCCAUUCAGAUGCCCGACACCCGUGUCCAGCCGUCGCACAUGCUCAUGACCAAGGUUCUCGCUCGCGAGCUUGAAGCCCACCCGGAGCUGGACCUUGAUCUUGACUCGCCAGCGCUUGCUGUCCCUACCGUCGCCCACGAUCACACCGCCUACUACGCCAUCCUCGACAACGCAGGCCUCAGCCCGCACCUCUGGUCCACAGAGUACGUCCAGGUUCUCGACGGUGAUGACCCCGUGUACAGGUUUACCCGCGAGACCGGCCUCAAGCCGAUUCUCUCCGCGCUUGCCGCUGCCGACCCGUCUGGAACCGCGCAAGCACGAUACGAGGACGCGUACAGGACCGCCCUCCGCGCCGCGUACCCGCCGCUGCCCGAUGGGCAGACGCUCUUCCCGUUCCGGCGGAUGUUUAUGGUUGGCGUGCGCAAGUAG